AUGAUGGUUGAAAGAGGCAAAAUGCGUCGUUCAAACAUCUUCAGGGCCUGCCGAAAGGAACUGGCCGUCACCAAUACCGAUGAUCAGGGUUCCUCUUCCAAGGAUGUUGGACUUUCUGCGUCUACCCGUGUCGACGAUCUUUCAAUCCCGCAGUGUAAGGACGUGUUCGAAGUCCUCCACGCUGCGAUGAAAGCGAGCGGUCAGCCAAAUCCUGUCCCUACCGACACUCAGAUUGAGGGCUUCCUGAAGCUGGUCCUCGGUCACGAUAAAGCUCUUCUUCAACGCGAGAUUACAUCCACAGUUGUGGAACAAGAAUUCAAUCCUGCAGUCAAGAGAUUAAUUGGAAGAACCACCAACCAGUGGGUUCAAGAACCAGUAUAUGGAUAUCUUGAUUUCAUCGGAGGCAGCGAAAUGCGUUAUUCUCUCGUUGUUCUUAGGGUCCCAGCGGAGUCCUGGGACACGGACGAGGGGCAGCCAACGACUCUAUGCCCAAACGAUGUAGAGUUCAUCUACGAGGAGCCUACUCAGUGGAUGUCACGGCUCGCCACAGAAGCAAGACUCAAGUUGUUCAAGUACGUCUCCGAUUCCAACUUGCUGAUCGCCAUUCAAACUGCUCGAUGGUGCAUCGACGUCCGCCUCUUGUGCAAAGAGCCCUAUGUUCCCUCGCUGGAGCACUAUCCUUCCCUGGCCGGGGUACACGCUCAUCCGUUCGUUCAAAUCUCCGACUUUCUCUACGCUCACCCCUUCCUCGCUAUGGCAUGUGUGCAAAGGCCCCGAACCGUAUUUGAUGAGCUUUCGCCCGACUCUGAGAUGCUUGUCGAAAUGAUGCAAAAGAUACAAUACAAGCCCAAGACUGAGGGAGCUGACAACCGCUGGAUCCCUGGGAACGGCUGGGGGCACAUUGCCGAGGAGGGAGAGGAAGAGUCUUCCUAUUGGGGGGGCGAGGCUACCUGCACGGAGGAAGAGGAGACCUACGAGGACGGAGCAUAUGAGUACGAGGACGAUGGGUUUGACGACGUGGAUGAAGGGUGGGACUACGAGGGCGGCCUGUGGUAA